UAAACACCUUUGUCGUGAAUGAGGGAGUGAGCAGAUGCACGUCAUUUCCCUGAAGAGCGCCGCUUCCUUGGAAUCGCUCGCGCUGCUUACUGUCGAUGUCGCUCUGAAAUUAUACGGAUCUUACCAAAAAUGGGAUUUACUUCACUUGAAGAGCAAUCAUUUCGACAGGAUUAACCUUUUUUUUUCUCACUCGAAGAUAUAAUAUGUGAAAACUGUAUUAAAAUUCGCUGGCAAUAAUGCGGAUACAGAUCUAUAUCAGUGUCACUGUCUUGAUCUUAGUCCAGAAAUCCGCCUCAGAGGCCGUGAGUCGCCCGCCUCCUCCUGCUAACGUGUCCAUACAGUGUGACAGCUAUGGAGUUGAAGCACGAUGGAAAUAUCCUGACCUCAGUCGGGAUGUACACUUUUUUGUGGAGGUGAAUGAUUUCAGUGAAAGGAAAAAUAAGACCACACAAAAUCUAAGUUUAAACAUAUCCAGUAUGCUGUUUAAUCCAGAAUUCAAUCGCUAUUUUGUCACUGUGAGGGCCGUGCGGGGAGGACAGGAAUCAGAUCUAUGCGAAUCAGCUAUUUUCAGCUUCAAUACAAAUGCCGACAGCAAAAUAAAGUGUUAUUUGGAUUUUCCCGAGGUUGAACUUUUUCCCAAAGAUGGUAAACUUCACGUCCAGUUCAUCAACCCUCCAUAUCUGUAUGGAGACACGCCGGCUCUGAGGAACCUCAAUGAUGAUCUGAAUUACUCUAUUGAAACAGAAGAGACUGAGAAUAAAUCAACCUGUGAAAGAAAGAAUAAAACAUGCGAGACGUCCAUUGAGUUUUCUGAGCACAGAGGAGUGUACUGUGUCAAUCUGACAGGAAAGUUUGGACAGAGACCACUCAAUCCUAGAAGCAGCUGUUUCGAAGGAGACAUAAGAAUCUAUCCAUCGUUCACCAUGUACCUGUAUCCAGUGAUGGGAGUCGUCUUAACGUUGAUUUUCAUAACCGUCAUCAUUAUGCUGCUAGCGAAGAAAUUCAACUCAGGAAUUAAGAAGAAUGCUAUCACUGCAUUUCCCAAGUUUUUGGUUUUCAACCCAGCAUCAACAGACCAGUGCAAAGUGCUGAGUGUGAAGCCGGAGAUUAUGGACAGCAAAGUGCAGAUCGAACCGGUCAGGGAUCCUCACGAACAAACCACGUUAAUAGAGAUGUACAGCGAUGAGGAGCAGUCCUCCGGUGACAGGGAUGUGGGAAGAGGUGACUCAGACAAUCAAUGUGCAUAUGGGCCUAAUAUGCUUGAUGAAGAUGAGCCGGGCAACCUUUCGGAUGGCUACGACAGUCCACACGUCGACGUACUCAGUCUGUAGAUGAGUCGUGGAGAUACGGUGAAUGUUUAUGGAUCCUAGAGACUCCCCAAGGCACUCCUUGGAUUGCUUCCAGAGGUUUAGAAGUGAAGGAAAGUCCCAUACAGACAGUAAAAGCACCUGCUGCCAGGAUGUUCUGGGAACAUGACACAGGUUGGGGGCUGUUCAAACAAAUACAAGCCCUCAUAUGACAUCAUGAAAUGGAAUUCCCCCGAGGUUUUCCGGUUCAUGGCAGAAUGGAAAAAUCAUGUGUUUGGCAUUUGUCUUCAUUACUGACACUCCCUUUAUUUGAAUUGAAACUCCUUUUGAAUUGACACUAGUUCAGGGGGGGUAAGCAUAAUGCUUAUAGUUGUUGCUACAUGUGGUAGUUUGAUCUACAGGUCGGCCAGAAUCACAUCAUUUGGCCUUUGAACAAAGAUUUACAACAUCAUUUACAAGUACUGCUCAGGUCAUGUGACUCGUGUCAUUGGAUUUGUGUUGUAUUCUCGCACGUCUCGUCGGAAUUACCACCAUUGCAAAAUAACUUGCAUUUUGUGUUUCUGUGGCAACACUCACAACACCAAACGGAUCAUUCAUUCACCUCUAUAUUUAUCUUUUUUUUUUAAAUAUGAAAUGCACCAAGGUAUCAUGAGCAAUAAUAGAAUGGCACAUCAAACAGAAAUGUACACUACCGUUCAAAUAUUUGUGGUCAGAAAGUAUUUUUUCAGCAGGGUAGCCUUAAUAAGAGUCUUCCUUCAAAAACAUAAAAAAAAUCUUACCGACCCCAAACGUUUGAACGGUAGUGUAUGCAGUUAACUCUUAUAAAAUACGUCCAGCUUGCAAUUACAAUUUCCAGCAAAAACAUGAACAUUAGAGCGCAUUGUCAUGUAGCAGAUCUUCAAGCUCACUCCAGAUGAAAACAGGAACUUUUAUUUCAGGUCAAAGUUGUUUAUUAUUCAGAUCAUUUGAAUGACAUUUAUGCACUUUGUCUAAUCAUGGUAGAGGAGAAGAGAAUUUCAUCAUAAUGAACCGGGAAGCCACUUUAUAAGCCAUCUGUCCUUACAGGCAGCUAAUAGUUUGCAUUAAGUUCAUUAUUGUGCCACUGGUGAAAAUGUGAUUGAUUUUUUUUUUCCUCCCAGAAUGUUUUUUUUAAUUUUUUUUAUUAAAAGCGGGGUGGGUAUUCUAUGAAAAAAA